CCCCUCCUCCCUCCAUCACCUCAUUCUGCGUCUAUAUGCUCUCCAAAGCGAUACGAUGUCAAAAUUGCCAGUCGCCUCCUCGCUUCAUCGAGGUCAACUUCAGAUCCGGCAACGUCCAAUGCAAACGAGUCCACGUCGACGAUUAAACAUGGAUUAUCCGCCAUCGAUUUGUGGAGCUGGGAAGGGAGAUGUAUCUUUAGAGGACGUCACAGACAUUUGCGCAGAUUUGGGUGACAGACUGGAGCCAAAGUGGGGGAGGCCAAUCACCUGAAAAAUUACACAAGCACCGCCACUAAUGCCAUUGGAGAGACGCUCCCUGCGUGAUUGUCUUUGAGUGAGCCAACAACAAUGCAGAAAGCGACGUACUACGACAACUCUGGACUCUUCGGGGGCUACACUUACCCCAAGGCUGACUCGUACAACUACACGCACCAGCCCUACCCCGCGGCCAACAUCGACGCGGACUACCAGGGCUCCGUGUGCCCCAUUCAGACCCCUGCAGUCAGGCCGCUGACCCUCAAAGAGAGUGACUUAAAUGGGGACUGCAUGCGGCAAAGCAGCAGCAGCAGCGGUGGCGGUAGCCAAAGCAACAAUAACCCCAAUAGCAACGGCAGCAGCCAAGCGCCGAGUGUCACCGAGCAGCAGCAGCAGCAGCAGCAAGCCGGAGCCCCGCUGCCACCCUCGCCGGGAUCCACCGGCACCGCGCCUCAGAAGAAGAAGCCUCCGCCGGGGAGCAGCAACGCGUCACCCGCCCUGACCAAGCAGAUCUUCCCGUGGAUGAAGGAGACGCGGCAGAAUGCCAAGCAGAAGACAAAUAACAACUGCCCCGCCGCAGGAGAGGUGAGCGACGAAAAGAGCCCGACCGGGCCGGCGUCCAAGCGUGUCCGAACAGCGUACACCAGCGCACAGCUGGUGGAACUGGAGAAGGAGUUCCACUUCAACCGCUACCUCUGCCGCCCACGCAGAGUGGAGAUGGCCAAUCUGCUGAACCUGACCGAGCGCCAGAUCAAGAUCUGGUUCCAGAACAGGAGGAUGAAAUACAAAAAGGACCAAAAGUCCAAAGGGAUCGCGCACUCGCCCCUGGGGCACUCCCCGGACAGAAGCCCGCCGCUCACCGGCGCCAAUCACAUGGGCUACUCGGGCCAGCUGGGAAGCUCGCUGGCUUACGACGCGCCGUCGCCUCCGCCCUUCGCCAAGCCCCAGCAGAACAUGUACGGCCUGGCCGCCUACACGGCCCCGCUGGGCGGCUGCAUGCCGCAGCAGAAGCGCUACCAGAGCGCCGAGUACGAGCACCACGGCAUGCAGAGCGGCGCCACCUUCGCCGGCGCCAACCUGCAGGGCAGCCCCGUGUACGUGGGAGGGAACUUUGUGGAUUCCAUGCCGGCCUCGGGGCCCGUGUUCAACUUGGGCCACCUUCCCCACCCGUCGUCCACCAGCGUGGACUACAGCUGCGCCGCCCAGAUCCCGGGGAACCACCACCACGGACCCUGCGACCCCCACCCCACCUACACGGACCUCACCUCGCACCAAGCCACUCAGGGAAGGAUUCAGGAAGCGCCCAAGCUCACGCACUUGUAAUAGAAGUGCGGAUCUGUGUGAGUGGGUGUGUGCCAAUAUUAUGACGCCGCGCUCUUUUUUAUUACCUCACUAUUCGAAUAACUCCGAGCGAGUCGUGUGCAU